AUGGUUAGAACCGUUGAUAUUGAUAAUGAUGACAAGGUUCUAAUAUAUUCUGACAACAAUAAGCUUAUAUAUACGAUGUCAUCUUAUGAUUCUUUCCAUUAUAACACGACAUCUUUCGUUUUGUUUUUCAGAACAGACUCUUACAACACACAAGGCUUUAUUUAUGCUUUUGAUACGGAUAAGUUCGUUUCAAACGGUGAACACUCAGUUUUGAUUUCAAAUACAAUUAUUUACAAUAUUUUGCCUUACAGAUACUUUAUCGUCCAUAAUCCUCAAUAUUUUGAAUUUACCAUGCCACAGCUUGCAAGAGUUUACGGAGAAGCUGCUUUUUACACCCUUGAAGUUAGUAAAUUCGAAAUUCGACCGAAAGAUAGCAAACAUACACUUCAUUUUGUCAUCGUUCAACCACCAUACGUUAACUGUCAAAACAUAACGAUUUAUGAUGGUUAUUCAGGAAAUUUCUCAAUUGAAGGCUCAUUUUACCACAACAAUUGCUUUUUGAUGGCAUCGCCCUACAUUAUGGAUUACUACCUUUACGUUUCUGGCCUCCAAGGAACAGCAAAUAUUUAUUGUCCAAAUGGAGAUUUUGUUGUGAGUCUAAAAGAUGAAUAUGGGUUCGUUACACGUUUACCAACAAUAUUGAUGCACAUAAAGAUCGAGAAAACAGACCAAAAAUCAAUAAUUUGCCUUCAACAAUCUGAAAUUAUUUCUCCAUUGUUUCCAAAUGAAGUUUUCAAUGACAAAUUCGUGACUAACUUCACAGCCAGCCAGCAAAUAGUCCAAUAUGAAAAGAGAUUUUACAGAUUUUCCACAGGAUUUUAUCAAUAUUACAUUCCUGAGCAAGGAUCUAAGUUUUACUUCAAUAGGAACUCAUUAUAUAUCUUCCACAAUCCAUCAUCAUUUACUAUUAAAGGAAAUGACGUUUCUUUACUAGAAAAUGAUGAUUAUGUUGUAAAUAUCACUGAUUUCAGAUUGACAGCUGUAGUUAAAUCAAAGGAUUCAACACGAUAUUUGAAUAUAUCAGUGUUUAACUACAAAGCGUUGGAUACUUUUUCAAAAUGUAACUCAGUUGACAUAAUUGACUUGAAUUCCAACUUCAAGGACUUUGUUUCUACAUCAUACAAUGACAAAACAUUCAAUGGAAAUAACAUAAACUUUUCCGUUGAAGCACAACAAAGAAUUUGUCUUUGGUAUGUAUCUUCGAACCCAUUUACCAUGAACAUAUACAGACAUCAUCUUGAGAAUCAAAAUGAUUUCCAUAUUUAUUCAGAAAAACUUGGAGUUUUCAAUGAAAUCGAAUAUCCAAGUACAGUUACGAGCCGUUCGAUACUUUCAAUAUGGACAACGAAAGAUGAAGUCGAUGGAAUAGACGAAGGAGGCGCUUUUAUUAGCGUUUCCCAAGAUUAUUAUGAUUUUGAUGAAAAAGGUGGAACUUUUAGAGGUACAAGGUCAUACAUGGACUUCCCAUUUGCAAAACAUAAUAGUUCAACGGGAUAUGUGUUGAAUUUAGGUACCAGAGAAGAAAAAUUAAAUUUUGGACAAAAAACUUCUCAAAAGAAACAAUUAACUACUGUCCAAAUCGCGCUGAUAGUAUUCGCAGCAAUUAUAUUUGCUGUAAUUGUAGUUGUAAUCAUAGUUGUCGCUCAAAAACAUAAAUCAGACGAAGUAAACAAUAAUAUCGGAAAAGGAGAUAAUGAAGUUGAAAUGGAAGAUAUUCCUCACCAAACAAUGUAUUCAUCUUCCAAUCCAACACCAAACAACUCCGCAGCUGUAACUACAAAUUCUCCUAUUGCUUCUGCGACAUCUUCAAUAGAUGCAACACAUCUACAAACAGAUUCGUCAAGCAGACCAAAGAAUCCAUACGAGCCUACAUCAACUAUGACUGCAACAGAAUAUAAUCAAUAA